UAAGUUAGAAGUUGUACAGGAAACACAUGCGUAUUAUCUCUUUCGAUGUUUAUUGCACACGGAAAGUAGGUCGCUGAGUCCGCAGAAAUUAUGUUAAGGUAUCAUACCUACCUACCGUACAACCUGUCUUACCAGUUCCCAGUUCGAUUGUGACGUUUUUAGGUUAUAAAAUGGUAAACAUCGUAAGAUAAGACGUUGCGUUCUCUGACUUAAAGAUCUUAAAGUAUGUAUUGUUUUAGUAAUCAAUAAAUGAAAAUAAUAAAUCUAACUAAUAACUAAAGUUUCAAACGCGAUAAAAGUUGCCGCGCGCGAUAACUUGUGGGAAUAACGGAAUGCAGAAUAACAGGAAAAAUGUGUAAUAUUGUUGUGUUUAUAUUAAGUUUAUAAUUCGAACCUCCUCAUAUGCGUAAGAAUCACCGGUGAGAAUGCAGUGUCAAUUAAAAAGUAUAAAAUACUCAGUAAGAUCUACUUUAUUGUUUUAAAACAAAAUGUUUAAUUUAUUUUGUUACUUUAUAACCGUGUUAGUAGUGUGUGUUGCGGCAAAUGAUGAUAUUGACGAUGAUAUUGAUAUAAAGUAUGAUAUUGAAGAAAUUCAAGACGGCUUUACGUGGAAAAUUUUACGUCAUACUUCUAUCUUUGACGAGGAAAAAGGUGUAAUAAAAUAUGGAAAUGGCAUUUUGUCAUUCAUAUGUAUAGUGCCUUACCUCUUCACCACUGUAUUCAGACGCCUUGCUGAUACGGUAACCCCACGUUGGGUGACAGUCGAAGAAUGUACUCUUCCAACGGAUAUUCCUUUUGCGGAGAUACUCAAGUCAAUCAAUGUAAACGUUGAUAGACUUGAAAUGCUUCGACUUUCAAUGUUUUACAACCGUACGCCGAUGCCAAAAGGGAACUACACGAUUGGCUUGUCGUUAAAAGGUCUCUGGCUUAGCGCACCGUACUUGAGAACCGCAAGUCUACUUGAUGACAACCCGGAUUUCAUGACACAUAUGACCAAUCUGAGCACACUGAUCAUAUGGGGAUCUGAAGUGCCAACGACGCCGGAGACAGUGCGCAUCAAAGUGCUGUCAUUACAGAAUUUCGCUAUUGUUAAAAGCUGGCUUCCCAUCUGUGAGCAUCUUCAAGAACUGAGCAUUUUGAACUUGAUCAGAACAGAUUUGCCGGAAGAAUGGCCAGAAGAAUGCUCCCAGCUGACCACGCUACGAUUGAGACAAAAGAACGCAUUUGCGUUAACCCACCUUCUGGAAAGUGGUAUCGACAAAAGUUGCAAAAAGCUCCAAACUUUAUCUAUGCCGUCUAGUCAGUAUAAAGAACCACCGUAUAAACUACUCAACGCGGCGAAAGAACUCUUGGAAUUAAGCAUGCCCGACAACAAUAUAAAAGAUCAAGCGCUCGCAAACUUCCCUCUGAUGAAAAAUUUGACACAUUUGGACUUGUCACGCAAUCAAUUGAAGGGCUGGUCGUUGUUUGACCUGGUGAAGCAGCUGCCCUCACUGCAGUUCUUGAACCUGACCGGCAACCAGUUUGUCAACCUAUUUUGCAACUUUCAAACCCGACUUAAUGACUUCGCAUCGCACGUACCAUCUUUAGAAACGUUAAUAUUACGGAAGAUGCCUGUGGAUGUACAUUGUCUUGAGAAAGUACAGUUUAGUAAGCUCAAAUAUUUGGAUUUAUCGUCAGGAGAAAAUAUUCCAUUACUUGAUUUUAAAAAGUUACCUCUGACCAACGCUACGGAACUGAAAGUCGACUUACGUGGUCGUCCGAUCAAACAUGUGAAUUUUGGACGCUCACAUUAUAAUCUCUUGCGCAACGGGAAUUUCAGCGCUUUCUGGGGAACAAAGGACCAAAACGCAACUAACGUGACAUUAUGGUUGACCUCGAUAAACUGUGAUUGCACUAACUAUUGGCUUGCAAAGACUAUUCGAGAAAUGCCACACUUUCUGUCAUCGCCUGACUUGCGAUGCCUGAACACCGGAAGAAAAAUUAUAGACGAACCGUACGAAAAUAUGAACUGCGACAUAGCACAAAGAGCAAGAGGGUGUGUCAUGAGGAUUGCACAAAUCGAAGGAGAGGAUAAAAAAAUUUCAAGGGUCGACUGUCAUAGUGGUAGCGGUAAAAACAGUCGCGAAUUGUAUCCUACUUACGAUAAUGAUGUGGCCAGAACGAUAAGUCUCAACGUUUCUAACGACAAAAUUAAAUCACUAGAACAUAUCAAAUUCAACGAAUGGCUCGAGUGGAUCGACCUUCGACACAACCAGAUAUCCCGUUUGGACGAGAAUGACACAUCUCGUCUUUUUGCAAAUCCUGAGCGGCGAGUGUGGCUGAGUGGAAACUUGCUAAUAUGCGACUGUGCCAACAAACAGUUUCUUGACACAUUGCAUAAACAUAGGGAACAGAUAGUUGACUUCAAGGCAAUAAAGUGCAUAGAUACUGGGAGGCCAUUGUAUUUUGUGACAUCAUACAAGGCGUGUCACGUCGGCUCAUACAUCAUAUUAGCGUUGCUGCUAAUACUACUUGUAACAUCGCUGUUCCUAUGGUUCUACAGACGGCAAGUGAAAAUAUUCCUAUACUCCCGUGGGUUGUGCCUGCCAUGCCUGUACAAACCCGACGACGAACCUGGGAAAGAGUACGAUGCAUUUUUGCUCUUCGCUGACGAGGACACAGACUAUGUCAGAGAAGAAUUUCUGCCAAAGUUGGAGGGGAAACCGAACUCUUUCUGUGUGUGUGUGAAUUAUAGAAACUGGACGUUAGGAGAAUGGGUGCCGUCUGCUAUGGAACGGUCGGUGAACCUCUCAAAGCGUACGAUUCUUUUACUAUCGAGGAACCUGCUAAGGGCGAUGCAUUCCUCAGCGGAUUUCAAGCUUAUGGUGAUGGCAGCGGUACAACAGGACCCUGAUAGGUUACUAGUAGUGGUGUUAGAUGAUGUGUACUCUGAUUUACUGUAUACAACUCUGAAACCGCAUUUACCUCGAAACCAUUUUAAAUGUAACGAUUCCAGGUUCUGGGGUAAGUUGCGUUACGAGAUGCCCCACAAACGCGUGUCAGAUUCCAAUGUUGUUAAUAUGAAUUCUAGUUCACCGGCUGAUAACAACGACAUGGUAACCAAAAUCUAGAUAAGUAUGGUCACGAGCAUUAAUGUGUAUGUAUACACUUUGGUACCAUGUCUCAUUAACUUUUUUGACAAAUUGAACUGUAAGACUCACUAAAUGUCAAAUAUGUUAGUGCGACAGAGUCCUUAAGUGGGUACAUUAUAUUGCUCAUGACUGUACUCCAGUAGCCAUAGCAUAGCACUCGCGUAUUAUCGCGAUGCGAUAAGUAAACUAACUCUUUAAGCUAAACGAUAAUAUACACCAAUGAGGGACUUUCCGGCUUUAACGGCCUCUGUGGUCCAGUGGUUGAGCGUUGGGCUCAUGAUCCGGAGGUCCCGGGUUUGAAUC